AUGUCUCUCAGCAAUGAAAGUGGUAACCGGGUCCAGCACCAGUGGAGCACGUGCCGCAAUGCUGAAAGGAUCAGCCCCAGCCUGCCAAACACCAGCCCAGGCUGCAGGGAUGAGGCAGUCCCCAGGCACACGGGGAAGCCACAUGAGGAUCAGUUCUGGAUACUCCAUUACAUACAAGGCGAACAUGGUUCUGCGAGGGCAGGUUGGAGUGCAGACUGCAGCUCCCCUGCACCGCUCACCCACGCCACCACGGGGACACCGGGAGCUCAGGGUGGGACAAUUGGGCGGAGCAGCCGCCGGUGCGGGCGGUGCGGGGGUGGAUCCUGCGGGAGCGGACUGACGGCAGCGGGUAAAUCAACAACCCCAUUGCGGGUCCCCUCAAAAGAGAUUAAAGUUCAGUUCGGGCCUCAAAAGAGCUCCGGGAAAACAAUGAAUCUGUUUCUGGAACUUCUCCUGUUCCUGGUCACGCUGCUCUACUCCUACCUGGAGGCUUUUGUGAAGCUCUUCGUGCCUGUGAGGAAGAAGUCUCUCAGCGGGGAGCUGGUGCUCAUCACGGGCGCUGGCCAUGGCGUCGGGAGAGCGACCGCCUUGGAGUUCGCCAAGCGCCAGAGCAGACUGGUUCUGUGGGACAUCAAUAAGCACGGCAUUGAGGAGACGGCAGCAGAAUGCCAGAAGCUGGGAGCCACCGUUCAAACCUUCGUGGUGGACUGCAGCAAACGGGAGGAGAUCUACAGCGCUGCAGACAAGGUGAAGAAGGAUAUUGGGGAUGUGACUAUCCUGGUGAACAACGCUGGUGUGAUUACAGCUGCCGACUUUCUGUCGACUCAGGACCACCAAAUAGAAAGGAUGUUUGAAGUCAACAUUCUGGGUCACAUGUGGACCACGAGAGCUUUCCUGCCAGUCAUGAUGGACAACAACUAUGGGCACAUUGUCACGGUGGCUUCAGCAGCAGGUCAUUUUGUGAUUCCUUUCAUGGUGACAUAUUGCUCAAGCAAGUUUGCUGCAGUUGGAUUUCAUAAAGCUCUGACAGAGGAGCUGUCUGCCCUGGGAAAGGAUGGAAUAAAAACAACGUGCCUUUGUCCGGUUUUUAUAAACACUGGAUUUGUCAAAAACCCCCGUACAAGACUUGGAAAGAUUUUCGAGAUUGAAGAAGUCGUAGAGGCUUUGAUGGAAGGAAUAGUGACCAACCAGAAAAUGGUUUUCGUUCCAUCAAAUCAGAGCAUCGCUUUAUUGCUUGAAAGGGUGUUUCCAGAACGUGCCCUGAACCUUCUGAAGAAGAUGUCUGAGGUCAAGUUUGAUGCAGUCAUUGGGCAGAGAAGCCCCCAGUGAAAAGCAAGAAUUGAUUCUCGUUUCCCAGAGGCACCAGUGAAAAGAGAACAUGUGCUGAGCAUAUUUCAGCUGGCUUGAUUCAGAACAGAGCUCAGGGAGGUGCUUCCAGGCCACCAUUCCCAGGCACACCUAAGGGCUCAUCCCACACCUGCAGCUGGAACACACCUGCAUAACAGGGAGUGUUAGCAAAGCAGUGAUGCAGCUCCAGAAGGGCUGCUUUUAAUGUACAUCCCAUCACUUUUGUCUCAUUGUGCUGAGGCAGGCAGGAUGCCCGCAAAGGUGGGUAGCCUGUUUUCACCUCGAUUUAUAUUUUUGAAUUAUAAAACGCUCUAAUGAACACCUAAUUUCCCAUAUUUUUGGAGGAAAUACCUGAAAUAAUACAGGUGUAUAUGUAAUAUGCCUAAUUACAUCAGUUAUCAAUUAUGCAUUUGCAUCAUCAAUAUGCCUUUAUGUGAAUAAAUGCUGUUCUUUAAUGCAAGGA